GCUCCAGUUAAAGGGGGCGGUAGAAGAGGUAGAGCCAGUCCACGGAGAAACAGGGACCCUCCGCGAUAAACACAGGCGAGCCAGAGAAAUAAAUACAUACCCAAUCGGCACAGCGUUUUUUGAGAUGAGCCAGCUACUCUCGGUCUGUGCACGCAGAGGACACCUAGUAAGAUAAUUAUUUAAUUCUUCGAGUGCAUUUUAACGCAUCCAACUGUCGCAGUCAAGAGAAGAGGACACGAGGAAACUCUUCACUUCAUUGCAUUUGGAUUUUUGAGGCACAAGUUAACUAGAAGUAAAUUCAGUGUUCGAUAAGCCGAGCUGAUUUGUUUUCCUUCAUGAGCGGAGCGGCGUUUUGAAGCACGCCUGAUAUGGUGUUUCCAAGGUUGGAAGUUGAAUUGUUGCUUACCAGCAUACACGUUUGAUUUUGUUGUUUAACUUAUUCGCGGCAGCCCUGCGCUGAUUUGAACAAAAAUAAAAAAAAAAUAAAAAAAAUUAUCGCUUUCUGAAAUAAUGCUACUGGAUGCUGGUCACCAGUUCCCCGGACUGGGAGUGGGGUCAUUUGCCAGACAUCACUCAGCGAGCGAGAUGCAGGAGAGAGACUUGAGUUUGGCACAAAAUAGCUUUGUAGACUCCGCACACAUGGGUGCGUUUAAGCUGAACCAUGAUCUCUCUCCGGGACAGAGCUCUGCCUUCACCAGCCAGGCGCCGGGCUACCCCGCAGCGGCUCUGGGAGCUCACGCCGCCCAUGUCACGUCGUAUGCAAGCUCUCCUUUCAACUCAACCAGGGACUUUCUCUUUCGUAGUCGUGGCUUCGGAGAAUCCUCUCCGGCUAGCAGCCAACACACUAUUUUUGGCCCCACGGCGGGAUCCCUUCAUCACUCCCACACAGACACUCAAGGCCACAUUCUGUUCCCCGGGAUCCACGACCAACAUGGGUCCCACGGUUCCCCGAAUGUCCUCAACGGGCAAAUGAGGCUCGGACUACCCGGAGAAGUUUUCGGACGCUCCGACCAGUACCACCAGGUUUCCAGCCCGAGGACCGACCCGUACUCAGCUGCUCAGCUCCACAACCAGUACGGCUCCAUGAAUAUGAACAUGGGGAUGAACAUGGCAGCCCACCACCACCCUGGUGCCUUUUUCCGCUACAUGAGGCAGCAGUGCAUCAAGCAAGAGCUCAUCUGCAAGUGGAUCGACCCCGAGCAGCUCAGCAACCCAAAGAAGUGUUGCAACAAAACUUUUAGCACCAUGCACGAGUUGGUCACGCACGUCUCGGUGGAGCAUGUCGGUGGACCGGAGCAGACCAACCACGUCUGUUUCUGGGAGGACUGCGCCCGGGAGAGCAAACCGUUCAAGGCGAAAUACAAACUGGUGAACCACAUUCGGGUGCACACCGGGGAGAAGCCUUUUCCAUGCCCCUUCCCCGGCUGUGGAAAGGUCUUCGCACGGUCGGAAAACUUGAAGAUACACAAGAGAACACACACAGGAGAGAAGCCGUUCCAGUGUGAGUUUGAGGGAUGCGACAGAAGGUUUGCAAACAGCAGCGACCGAAAGAAACACAUGCACGUUCACACGUCGGACAAGCCUUAUCUGUGCAAAAUGUGUGACAAGUCCUACACACAUCCCAGCUCCCUACGAAAACACAUGAAGGUCCAUGAAGCCUCUCCACCAGCAUCAGACUCAUCACCAGCAGCCAGCUCUGGUUAUGAAUCUUCCACACCUCCAGGCCUGGUGUCUCCCACCACCGAGACCCAAAGCAACACCACCCUGUCCCCAGCCUCAGCUGUGCAUAACACCACCAGCCACGGUGGCCUAUCCUCCAAUUUCAGUGAAUGGUAUGUUUAGGACUAAGCUGAAAUGAAGCAACACACACUCAUUUCAUAGCACUGGACCAUUCAGCAGGAGAUUGGGGCACGUGCAUACGAGAGGCACACAAACAUUUGUUUAUUUUUAUUAUUUUUGAUUCGCCAGGGAAUAUGAAGAUUACCACAGAGGAAAUUAUGUAAAAUAGUCGCAGUGUAUUUCAUAUUGUAAAUAAUUACCAAAAGCCCACUUUCCCGUUGGUUGUGAUAGUUUGUCAGUCUUUGGUGUAUAGAUGUUCCUUCAAUGGUAGCUAUUUCUCUAACUGGACUUUUAGUGCACAUAUUACGAUAACAUUGUACUAUACUGUUGAAUAUUGUGAUCCUAAGGCAAAUUGAUUGUACUAUACUAAACAUCUAUAAACUGGAAAGAGUGCCAAAGUUAACAUUUAACUCAAACAGACCACAAUAUUAUGCUUGUGAAUGUACAUUUUAGUUUGCUGGGCUUAACUUGUGAUGUUUUGUGCUUUGCAAGUUUGAAUUGUGAAAUACUAUCUGGAAGAUUGUGAGGAAACUAAACGUUGUGCCGUUCAAUUUUCUGUAAACCCUUCCUUUUGUAAAUAUCAACUGCCAUAUUUAUCCAUUUGUAAUUAAAUUAUGGUAUUUACUUGCUACAGAUGAAACAGUAUUUAUAAAGAAUGUUUCUUUACUAUAAAUAUGUACAAUUAUGAGCUAAACCUGGGCAGUUGUUUCGUUAUGUGCUUUUGUUCAAAGUUUGAAGAGGUGUUUUCUUCCUUAUUGUGAUAAGAAUUUUACUGCAUACAAAUAUAAUAAAAAGUGUUGCAAGUGCUAAA